UUUCGAUGUGUGAGGUUUGCGUCGCGUGCACGUGCGGAGCAAAAGUAAUCUUUUUCGGUGUUUAAGUUAGGAUAAUGGCUCUCGGUGCUGAAACGGAAAAUACGGUAGAAAAUGGUGCCCCGUGUGAGUUGAAACAGAACGCUGGCGAUGCUGUUAAAACGACAAAUGGACAAGUGGAUAAUACGAUCUAAAGAAAGAAUGUCCAAAACCGACGAAACCAUCACCCGCCGCCACCGCCACCGCCAAAUCCGCGAAAUUAACAAACGGUCAACACAACACCAACGGUCAGCACCACCAGCUGAAGAAGGAGAAUGGUGACUCUGUCAUCAAAAAGGAGGACGGCGGCGACACCGACACAACCACCGCCGCCGCCACGACCACCACGACAAUGACCAAUGGAACCAAUGGAACUGUCUCCGCAACCGCCGCCACUGGAACAACCCCAAAUGGCACGGAGACGGUCAGUGCAGCCGGCGGCGACCAGAAGAAGGAGGACUCUCACCAGGAAGUUGUGUACAUACAGGAUUUAGGGUUCACGGUGCAGAUUGUGGCGCCUGGUGCGGAACCUUUUGAUAUACAAGUGUCUAGUAUGGAACUUGUGCAGGAGAUACACCAGUUGCUGAUGGACCGUGAAGACACAUGUCACCGAACCUGCUUCUCUCUGCAGCUCGAUGGAAACACCCUUGACAAUUUUGCAGAGCUCAAGAACAUCGAAGGGCUGAAAGAGCGAUCCGUCAUAAGGGUCGUCGAGGAGCCCUACACAAUGCGGGAGGCCCGCAUUCAUGUCAGACACGUGCGGGAUUUACUAAAGAGUGCAGAUUCAUCCGAUGCCUACAAUGGGACAGAAUGCAGUUCCUUGUGCUUCCUUAACGCCAUCACACAAGGCGAUAUUUUGGAGAAGAAGAGGGCGAGGCAGGAAAGUGUAGUUGAUUGUACGCCGCCGGAUUUCAUUAUGCCGUCGGUUGGGUCGCAUCUGCCGCUACUGCCUUUGCAGCCGAAUGCGAGGGAACCGAAGGCUGCACCGUGUAUAAAGGUUCUUACUACUACCUCGUGGAAUCCGCCGCCCGGUCAUCGCAAAAUGCACGGCGACCUGCUUACUUGCAAGUGCGUAACAGCCGAAGAUCGCCACCUGCACAUAACUGCCUGCGCCAGAGGAUUCUACGUCAAUCUCACAUGCGAAGAGUUCAAUCCGAGACCAGCUUCGCCUGGACACCUGUGCCAUUCCCUGAUCGAUCCCUGGGUCAAGUUUCGCCCAUAUUAAGAGGGUCGUUCGCCGCCAUGCAGAGGAAAGAGGACGUCGAGGCAUCCUUUCGAGAGGGUCGCCACACCGUACCAGGUUUACAGUUGGACAGCUCCCCAACUCGAGCACACAGUCGACGCAAUCCGCGCCGAAGACACCUUCAGUUCCAAACUGGGCUACGAAGAGCACAUCCCUGGCCAGACCAGAGACUGGAACGAGGAACUCCAAACAACAAGGGAACUACCUCGCAAAAACUUACCCGAACGUCUUUUGCGAGAAAGAGCAAUCUUCAAAGUCCACAGCGAUUUCGUGGCGGCCGCAACCAGAGGAGCAGUCGCAGUCAUCGACGGUAACGUAAUGGCCAUUAAUCCAGGGGAAGAGGCGAAGAUGCAGAUGUAUAUAUGGAAUAAUAUAUUUUUCUCGCUUGGUUUUGAUGUCAGGGAUCAUUAUAAGGAUUUGGGAGGCGAUGCUGCCGCUUUUAUAGCGCCCAUGAACGAUUUGCAAGGUGUACGAGUGUACAGUGCGGUGGAUCAUGAAGGGUUGUACACACUGGGCACUGUUGUAGUUGACUAUAGAGGUUAUAGAGUAACUGCACAAAGUAUUAUUCCUGGUAUUUUGGAACGCGCAGAACAGUCUGUUGUAUACGGUUCCAUAGACUUCGGUAAAACUAUUUUAUCCAACACCGAAUACUUAGAACUUCUAAGCAAAGCCGGCCAACAGCUCAAAAUCUUACCACAUUCAGUUUACGACGAAAGUGGUAAAGCUGUUAAACUUUGUUCAUCAGUCGAGUGUAAAGGUAUAAUCGGCAACGAUGGACGUCACUAUAUUUUGGAUUUGUUGAGAACCUUCCCACCGGACGUAAACUUUUUGAAACUAGAUGACGAAGAGUUGGCUGCUGAAGUUAAAGCACAAGGAUUUCCCAUCGAACACAAGCACAAACUUUGUUGUUUGCGCCAAGAGUUAAUCGAUAGUUUUGUUGAAACCAGGUACAUGUCGUUUAUCAAAAUCGCUGCUUUCCAUUUACAACAGUUGGGAGCGACCAAAAAAACAGCCGUUAAAGCUAUCGAUGACAAUAAAGAGAAUAAAGAGGCUAACGCCGAAGGCGUUAGCGCAGAAACCAAAAAAGACGAGAAGGAUGAUAAAACAGAGUCCGCCGAGUGCACAGAUGAAGCCAAACAAAUGGUAGAAAAAAUCACAGGAGGCGAAAAGAAAGACUUGGAAGAAACCACCAAAGAAAUCGUUCAACGCGCAGCCAAAGCCGUCGGUUCCUUAAAAGACACCGAAUUCGAUAUCCGUUUCAACCCCGAUUCAUUUUCUCCCGGUAUCAAACAUUGUGAAGAAGAUGGACCGCCGCUGGUGGAACAGAGACGUCUGGUUAAGGAUGCUGCACAAUUUUUAUUAACCGUACAGAUUCCUAAUUUUAUUGCCGACUGUAUGGAUCAUUCUUCGGCGCCUAUGGACGGCGUUACGUUGUCGGAGUCUUUGCACAAUAGGGGUAUCAAUAUUAGGUAUUUGGGUAAGGUUGCUGAUCUUUUGAGCAAAGUCAACACCUUGACGUACUUGCACAAGAUUGCUGUGUCUGAACUGCUCCUGAGGGCUGCCAAGCACAUUUUCACAGGAUACAUGCAGUCUGCUGACCCCAUGAGUCUCUCCUUCGCAGUCAGCCAUUUCCUAAACUGUCUGCUAUGCAGUGCCCCCAUAUCAUCCCCAGCCACCAGUGGCGUCGAAGAACUACAGAGCAAGACUGCCAAACGCAGAAACAAGCGCAACAAGAAUGGAACUCUGAACAAUAGGACAACAACCAACGAGUGGGCACUCCUGACACAGAAGUCUCUCUGGACACAAAUCAGGAAUGAACUGAAGUCCUACUGGGAUUUCGAACCGAAGGCUGACAGCUUGGAUGGGUUCAUUGAGAAUUACGGGUUGCUGAAGAUCAGCUUGUUGAGAUCUUUCUGCAUCAAAGUUGGACUACAAAUUUUAUUGAGAGACUAUAAUUUUGAAUCUAAGAACAAGGCAACAUUUUUUGAAGAGGAUAUCAUCAAUAUAUUCCCUGUUGUUAAACAUAUCAAUCCAAGGGCAACAGAUGCAUACAACUUCUACACAACCGGUCAGACUAAAAUUCAGCAGGGCUACUUAAAAGACGGUUACGAAUUAAUAUCAGAAGCCCUAAAUCUUUUAAACAAUGUCUAUGGAGCAAUGCAUCCAGAAAUUGCACAAUGUCUAAGAAUGAUUGCUCGUCUGAAUUAUAUCAUGGGGGAACACCAGGACGCUAUGGCCUAUCAGCAGAAGGCUGUGCUCAUGAGCGAAAGGGUCAAUGGAAUCGAUCAUCCUUAUACGAUUACAGAAUAUGCACAUCUUGCACUCUACUGUUUUGCAAAUAGUCAAGUAAUCACAGCCCUGAAAUUACUAUAUCGUGCCAGAUAUCUUGCAUUGUUGGUCUGUGGUGAAGAUCAUCCAGAAAUUGCACUUCUAAACUGUAACAUAAGUCUGAUCCUGCACGCGCUGGGCGAAUAUGAUUUAGCUCUAAGAUUCCUGGAACAAGCCUUACAAUUGAAUUCACGUUACUAUGGGGCCAAAUCUCUGAAAGUUGCAGUCAACUAUCAUUUAGUCGCCAGGACACAGAGUUGCAUGGGAGACUUCAGAUCGGCUUUGAAUAAUGAGAAGGAGACUUACUCGAUUUACAAACAGCAGUUGGGUGAAAACCACGACAAAACCAAAGAAUCCUCAGACUGCCUCCGACACCUCACGCAGCAGGCUGUCGUCCUGCAGAAGAAGAUGAACGACCUCUAUACGGGCAAACCAGGUUCAGGAGCAGGUUUACCCCCCGUCCAGAUCCAGCAGCCCUCAAUGGGUUCCGUACUCGACAUGCUCAACGUCAUCAACGGCAUCCUGUUCGUGCAAAUCAGUCAACAAGACAUCGAGCACUUCAAAGCCGAGAUGGACAAACGACAAAAAGAGUCAUCAUCAUCAGCAACAGCAACAGCAUUAGCAACAUCAGCAACAAGCAGCGAGACAAAAGAAGAAGCGACAACAAAUAGCUGAAUAAGCAACAACGUUCAAAAUUAGUAGAAACAGUUUAGAAAACUUACAUUAUAAGGCAGACGCAAUAAUAAUUUGCGAUUCUUGUGAUUUGAAACUAAAUCAUUGGAAUUCAUUUUUUAUUGCAUAGUCGAUAGUUGAAUUAAAUUUAUAGGAAAAAAAUGGAAAAAACACACUCGGUACAAGAGAGAAACGACUUUUUGCGAGAAGACGACUUGUAGGAGGUAGGUGGUGAUAAUUUAAUGUUUUUACUACGACUGAUAAUUGGUUGUCAAAUAUCUCCCUGCCGCCUUUUU